UCAUUCAAACAAGCUAAAUAAACCCCAUCUGGAUUCUUGGGACGACCGAUGUUUCAUCUGUUUCGUGAAUCGAGAGUCUUGAUUACCAUGUCAAAGCUCAGGCUUCUGACGCAAGCGCCACUAGAAGAUAAUAAGUUUGGUAAUCAAAUGUGUCAUCACUAGGUGGAUUCAAGAUAUGAUCUCGCUGCAAAUCAUUUUAUUACCUCAACAGCUAUUCUGACUGUGUAAUUCCCGAACACACUUCUCUCCCUGUUAGCUAUAAACAUGCCAUUGACGGUCUCGUCCAAGUUAUCCGUAAUGAAGGCACAUUGAAGCUUUUCAACGGAGUUUCCAUGACCUCUGUACGAGCUGCCUUCAUGACUUUCGGUCAGUUGGCAUUCUACGACAAGUUCAAAAUCCUCCUUCUCAACACGGGUUACUUUGAUGACAAACCGGUCACCCAUAUGAUAGCCAGUGCAAGUGCGGCCGGUGUUGCCACGUGCAUCACACAGCCAUUUGAUGUCAUGAAAACGCGGCUGAUGAACGCCCCUCCUGGAACCUAUUCGGGGCUUAUGAGUUGUGGUUUGGAUAUAGCCACUACCGGACCGCUAGCAUUCUUCAAAGGUCUCGUUCCAGCAUUUAUUCGUCUCGCACCCCACACGGUCCUUACUUUCGUAUUCCUUGAACAACUGAAGCUUCAUUUUGGUUACAUACCGGCACCCAAGCCUACAUGAAACAAUGACUUAUUCGACCCCCCUCGGUCGCCCUGAUGUAUGCGUUCUGUUUUCUUGUUCGUUUUGUGGUCCAGCUGUUAAGGUCGUGUUAUUUCUGAGUAGGAUUUGCUGAGUUUGUUCACUUCUCUCUAGAUGCUAACUAAUCCCGAUGAUUUUCUCCAGUUCAAUUUGAUAUUUUGCUGGCAUGGUCAUUUUUUAGGUGAAUAUCUAAUUCUGUUCACUCACAAUCUGCUGAUUACCAUCUUUUGUCUCCAUCAAAAUGUUGGUUUGGGAGUGUUUGGCAAUUAAA